UCUCCCCACUCUAAAUUUAGCAAUCUCGCACACCCUCUUUCCCAAGUUUAGCAGAAAACCCAAAUGGGUUAAGAGAGAGAUUGUACUCUUUUCUUUUAAAAAAUAAAAUUUCAAAGAGAGAGAAAAAGAAAAACCCAUUAAGACUUUGGAAUUGAAAUCUGUGUUCUCUGUGUGUGUGUGUGUGUGUUUUGGUUUCUUUGAAGUUUCUUUUUUCUGGGUUUUGAUCAAUUGGAUAUUUGGAAAAAUGGGUAGGGGGAAGAUUGAGAUCAAGAGGAUUGAGAAUGCAAAUAGCAGGCAAGUCACAUUCUCUAAAAGACGCGCUGGACUGCUCAAGAAAGCUCAGGAAUUGGCUAUCCUUUGUGAUGCCGAGGUUGCUGUUAUUAUCUUCUCUAACACCGGCAAGCUUUUUGAGUUUUCUAGUUCUGGAAUGAAGCGAACACUCUCAAGAUACAACAAAUGUCUAGAUUCUCCUGAGACUGCUGUUGUAGAAUACAAGAUGGAGAAACAAGAUUCUAAGGAGGCGGAUGUUCUAAAAGAGGAAAUUGCAAAGCUACAAAAGAAGCAAUUACAUCUAUUGGGUAAGGACCUUACUGGCUUAACCCUGAGAGAAUUACAGCACCUAGAACAGCAACUAAAUGAUGGAUUGUUGUCAGUGAAGGAGAGGAAGGAGCAGUUACUCAUGGAGCAACUAGAGCAAUCAAGAGUACAGGAACAGCGUGCUGUAUUGGAAAAUGAAACCUUGCGCAGACAGGUUGAAGAGCUUCGAUGCCUAUUUCCACAAACAGAGUACCCAGUUCCAUCCUAUCUCGAAUACUACCCUAUUGAGAAGAGAAGUUCACUUGUAAACCAUGGUAUCUUGAAUACAGACUUGUCCUCCAAUUUUGCAGUUGAGAAAGGAGAUUCAGAUACCACAUUGCACUUGGGGCUGGCAAGUGAUGUUUAUCACAAGAAGAAGAUCCACGAGGGGGAAAUUCACUCCAGUGACUCGGGAAGCCAAUUGGGACUUCUGUGAUCGUUUUUUCAUUUGUAAUUUUUCUUGCACAGAAUCAACAGAACAGGAAUUUAGUACAGUUGAUUCAAGUUUAGCAGAGAUUGUUGAAAAAGUAACAUUAGCCAUUUUAGAAAAAUGUAGGAUCCAAAAGCAAUGCCAAAUUUAGAAAUGGAGAUGGUGUUUCUAUA